AAAAAAAAAAAAAGACGUUCUUUUCAAAGUUCAGUUUUUCUUCCCUCUCAAUCUGAACAUCAAUCUCGUCGCCAUUUUCAUGAAGCUCUUCUUCAAACGCCACCAUUGCAGCUCUCUCUCCUCUUCCAACCUUCACAACACCAAAAACCAAUCACACAAGGAAUCCCAAAUCCGCCAACUUUGCAAGUUUGGCGCGCUUUCCGACGCAUUUUCAGUCCUGAACUCCAUUGAUCCCGGCGAAAUCACCGUCAAACCGACUCUAUACGCUUCUCUUCUGCAAACUUGCGUAAAGGCUGUUUCUUUUAAGCCCGGCCUCCAAAUCCACGCCCAUGUCGUCAAGUCUGGCCUCGAAACCGAUCGCUUUGUGGGUAAUAGCUUGCUUGCUCUUUAUUUCAAGUUGGGUUCGGAUAUUUCGCAGACUCGGAGAGUUUUCGAUAACCUGAAUUUCAAGGAUGUCAUUUCUUGGACGUCAAUGGUAAGCGGAUAUGUGAAGGUGGGAAAACCCGAAAAUGGGAUUUCGUUGUUUCGGGAAAUGUAUGGUUUCGGUGUGGAGCCAAAUGGGUUCACUUUAUCUGCCGUGAUCAAAGCGUGUUCCGAGAUUCCGGAUUUGAGACUUGGCCGGUGCUUUCAUACGAUGGUUGUGAAGUGUGGGUUUGAUUCGAAUCAUGUCAUUGUUAGUUCUUUGAUUGAUAUGUAUGGGAGGAAUAACGUUCCGGAAGAUGCAUGCAAGCUGUUUGAUGAAAUGAUUGACCCGGAUGCUAUAUGUUGGACGUCGGUUAUUUCAGCAAUGACGAGGAAUGAUUCGUUUGUGAAAGCUUUGGGCUUGUUUUACUCGAUGCAGAGGAAGGCCGGGUUCUUCGCAGAUGGUUAUACAUUUGGAACGGUUCUUACGGCUUGUGGUAAUUUGGGGAGGCUAAGACAAGGCAAGGAAGUGCAUUCUAAGGUCAUUACUUGUGGAUUUUGUGGGAAUGUGAUUGUUGAGAGCAGUCUGGUUGACAUGUAUGGAAAAUGUGGCUCGGUUGUUGAUGCUCGGGGUGUUUUUGAUAGGAUGACAGUGAAAAAUUCUGUUUCUUGGACGGCAUUGCUGGGAGUGUACUGCCAAAAUGGAGAAUUUGGAUAUGUUAUUGAGCUGUUUAGGGAAAUGGAAAAGGAUGACCUUUAUUGUUUUGGAACUGUUAUUCGUGCGUGUGCAGGUUUGGCGGCAGCAAGACAUGGGAAAGAGGUUCAUUGCCAGUAUGUGAGAAAGGGCAGUUCGAGGAAUGUUAUUGUAGAAUCUGCUUUAGUCGAUCUCUAUGCAAAAUGCGGUUGUAUCAAUUUCGCAGAAAGAGUUUUUUGUCGGAUGCCAGUUAGAAAUUUGAUAACUUGGAACUCGAUGAUUUGUGGGUUUGCUCAGAAUGGAAGAGGUGGAGAAGCAAUUGGCGUCUUUGAUCAGAUGAUUAAGGAAGGCAUCAAGCCUGACUACAUAAGUUUUGUUGGGGUUCUUUUUGCUUGUAGUCACUCAGGUUUGGUUGAGCGAGGAAGAAAUUUCUUUAAGUCAAUGACAGCAGAGUAUGGAAUAAAAGCUGGCCAUGAGCAUUAUAAUUGCAUGGUUGAUCUUUUAGGCCGUUCCGGGCUUUUAGAAGAAGCCGAGAAUUUGAUUGAGAAGGCAGAUUGUGGAAACAAUUCGUCUCUUUGGGCAGUUCUUUUGGGUGCUUGCACGACUUGUACCAAUUCUACUACUGCAGAGCGAAUAGCGCAAAAAAUGAUGAAGUUGGAACCUGACUGCCAUUUGAGCUACGUUCUUCUUGCUAAUGUGUAUAGAGCAGUUGGACGAUGGAAUGACGCGUUGAAGAUCAGAAAACUGAUGAAAGAUAGAGGCGUCAAAAAGACGCCAGGCAUGAGUUGGAUUGAAACUAAUGGUAAGUUGGAUUACCAUUUUGAUGCAGAUUAUCUAAAUUUUCCUGGGAAAAACAAUUUUCCGAGUGCAGGGAAUAUUGGGUGAUUAUU